UCCGCGGACCAAAAACAUUUCUGUCCAGGCAGCGCUCCCUGAAAAACAAGACACCAGACGUCCUUUUUUAAAAUCCUAUUUAUCGCUUUAGCCGGCACGAGUUGUUCGAAUAUGGUCUGCGGCGGAUUCACCUGCUCUAAAAACGCGCUGUGCUCUUUGAAUGUGGUUUACAUGCUGGUGGGCCUGCUGCUGAUAGGGGUAGCAGCAUGGGGGAAGGGGUUCGGCCUGGUGUCUAGUAUCCAUAUCAUCGGAGGAGUCAUCGCAGUAGGCGUCUUCCUGCUGCUCAUUGCCAUAGUGGGACUCAUCGGAGCCAUCCACCAUCACCAAGUCAUGCUCUUCUUUUAUAUGGUGAUUCUUUUUAUUGUUUUCCUGUUCCAAUUUGGGGUUUCCUGCUCCUGCUUGGCAAUGAACCGUGGGCAGCAGGUGGCUCUGCUGAACUCGACUUGGGGAAUGUUGGAGAACAACACCAAAGAAAACCUGGAGACUCAGCUGGACUGCUGCGGGCUGCUCAACAACACAGACAGCCAGACCCAGUUUAAUAAGGAUUUGCUAAGCUGCCCUGCUUCAUGCAAAAAGAUCAGGAAGUGUGUAACCUGCGGGGAACUGAUGCUGCAUCAUGCCACAGAGGCCCUGAAGAUCCUUGGGGGGGUCGGGCUCUUCUUUAGCUUCACAGAGAUACUCGGAGUGUGGCUGGCUGUGCGCUACAGGAACCAGAAGGAUCCCCGAGCAAACCCAAGUGCUUUCCUAUAGUUUGUUCCACACCCACAAUGCAGCACUGCUGAUGCAGUUUCAGACACACUGGUACAUAAUAGAACCAUGCACACCUAGAGGCAGACACUCAGCCAUACAGUACAGAGCAACACAAACCACAAUCACACAGAAUGGACGAGCGCACGCGGCACCUGAUGAGCACUGGGAAACACACACACCCCUACAUGGACCUGAAGCACAUUUUAAACUACAGUAACCUUCCUUGUGCCACACCCCUUGUCAACAAGUUCAGAAUUUUGCCAGAGCCCAAGCCGGAAGACCUGGAUACUUAUGCAUGAAAGGAUGACUUGUAAUACCAAGAGGUGCAGCUUGUUGGUAUGGCGACCCAGCCUUGAUUUUGAGUACCAGAUUCCUGAUUACGGCUCACUAUUUCCCAACAGUGUGUAACAAAUAGGCAUCUCCUCUGCAUGUGUCCUGCUGCUGCACGGACAAACAGCCUCUUUGUCGAUUCCAUUCCACAUACCAAAUGACUGUGCAGCAUCCGAAAACCAACUUGUGUGCACCUUCCUGUUAAAACUUCCCCCCGUUUCUAACCUAGUGUCACCACUUAAGACAAAUAUGGUCCUUUGGUCAGUGCUAGCAGUGAUGUGUAGACCUGUGUACCCAUAUAUGUCAAAUGAAAUGAGACACACUGUGUUUGAUCUCUGAGUUGGCUGAGCUUGAGGGGGUGGGAGGUAUGCAUUGGACAUGUGGUGUAAAGUAGUUUUUAAAAUGUAUAGUUUUUUUUUUUUUUUUUUUUUUUUUUUUUUGGUUGUUUGUUUAUUUUUUUUAUUAGUUUUUUUCUCUCUGCUAGGCGGUAGCCUGGAGGUUAUAUUGCUUUUGGUCGUAUGUGUCUGUCCCUGUGUGUAUCUGUCCACAGCUAAUCUCACAUACUACUGGGCCUAUCAGCCUAAAUUUUUUUGUCCACAAUUGCGACUAUAUGAUCAAAGACCUUUCGUAGUUGUGGUUAUUCAAAACCUUUGGAAAAACGAGCAGCGGAGAAGGGGAAAUACGCAGUCGUCUCGGUGUUUUUCCUUCUCACCUUCUGGUUGGCGAGAAAGGGUGUUUUUCCUGUCCGCGUGUGCGUGUAUCUGUCCACAGCUAGUCUUGCAUACUACUGUCACCCUAAUAUUUUUAACUGCAGUCGAGUGCUUACUCCUCAGCUGGUUUUCCGAGCAUCAAAGAAGGAGAGAUAUGCAGGCAGUAUCUCCGUAUUUUCCCUUCUCCUGGUAAUGGCUUGGGCAUAUUUUCAGUGGCGCGGACAGCUGUGGACUUUUACCGGUCGUGCGGAUGCACACAUGGUUCCACUCACUACUGCAGUUGAGGCUUUGCGUUAGUCUGGCAUUUCACACAUGCGCAUGUCCCAAUCUACAAUCCAUUCCAGUUGGUGGCCAUAUCGUUGUUUGCCAAAGGCCACAAAAAUCAAGAAGGGUGUUUUGGGCGCAUCCCAAAGAACGCUUCUGUUGGUUUACAAAACUUCCUGAUGUACCGAUGCAGCAAAUUCAGCAACCACAACAUGCAUCCCUGCCAAGUACACAGACAAUACAACCCCAUCUGGAGACAUCAAGCCAGGGGAGAGGAGCACGCACAGUAGGCAGGCUUGCUCCACUCAUAAAUUUUAGAUGUCCAUAUCACAUGAACACUCACGGACGCAGAAAGUAUAAUUUGGCCUUAUAGGCAUGAAUAUACUGGCCAGCGGCCGCAUACACGGACAGCUGCGGACACCAUGGACCUGUAGUGGUCAUGUUUAUAGUACUUUCUCGAGUUCACUUGGAGGAUUUGUUCCACAUAUGCAGUAGAUCAGCGUCUGAUGUAUUCCACACAUGCGCACCCUGAAUCAAUUGGCAAAAUCAAAAUGGCAACAUACAUGGAAGAAAAAAACAAGCUGCUUUUUCUGUGGUACUUGGUGCAUGCGUGGUAGGUUCCCUUGUAGUGUAGUGGCCGUCAGAAGAUCUGGGCCGCUGGCCACAUUUCCCCCCCCCCAAGGAUGGUGAAGUCAUUUGAGUGGUCAUUUUAGCUUAUUGGUUAAGGUUAAGGUUAGGUUUAGGCAUAAAUCAGUUAUGGCUAAGGUAAGGGAAAGGCUUUAGAGAAUUAAUUUAAGUCAGCUAAGUCAUGAUUUCGCCAUCCUUGGGGAAAAAAUUAAACCUCUUUGGAUUUGGGUUAGGGACAAAAGACUCCUGGAUGUGAAAAUAUAAUCUUGGCUUAAAUUCUACUGGAGAAGGAGAGAUAACGCCUGGCGGAGAUCUGCACUCUACUGAGUGCACUCUUUUUGUUUUUAUGUUUUUUGAUGAGUUAAUGCCAGAAAUGCGGUGAUUUUACAAGCUUAGAAACUAGCUAUAGAUUUUAGGUAACAUAGUUGUUAGUCAGUCAGGUUCCAAUAUUUAUGAACUUCUGUAACUGAGCCAACUAACCUUAACAGUCACAGAUCAGAAUGCCAAUGGACUGCAGCCUUCAUGUUGUACAUAAUUUUUAAAUAGUUGACAGAAUUGUGCAAGGUGGGUUUGCCCUGUAGUUACCCCUACUAGUAGGAGGGUUGCCUGCAUACCUGCGGUUUUAAAAGGCCAGAAUAAUCCACCCAUCCUGUAUUUAAUAUGUUCCUUUGUGUCACACAGUGAUGUUGGUUAGUAUAGAGUUUGAUAGUAGCAAAGUCAGUUCAGGUACGUAUCAUGACAAACUAUGUAAACUGGAAGAAAUUACCAAGAAAUUCAAAAACUUUGCAAGUGCUUUUGGUAAUUGGGUAGUUCGGUGGAAACUGCUAAUUGCAAACCCAAUAUUUGUUUCCUUUUUAUAGUGUUAAUUGUCAAAACUUGCUCCUCACUUUGUUUUGGAGUUUAUCAGUUGCAAUCCUUUUUUCUUCUUGUUUUUAAUAUUGUGAAAAUAAUUUUGUGUUAUUUUGUUAGCGGUUAUGUUCUCUGUUGCCAUCACUUCUUUCUGUUCAACAGUGUUAAAUGCUUUGUAAAUCUUUGUUAUAUAUUUUCUGAAUCUAUUUAAGUGCUGAUAAUGCACAUUAGG